CGAGAAGGCAGGUCGGCAGACUGGGAGAAACUAUACUAGCACACUGUAGAUGCGGAGAGGUGCGUGGGAUCUACAGAGGAUGAUUGAAAGUUGCCAGUGCUGAGUCACACAGCAGAAUGCCUGUUGUGCCCCGUGGGGCCUCGCAACACCACACUGCGCCCGUAGCCUGUGCAAUCAUCUGUUCCUUGCUGUUAAUCCUCAUCCAUCCUGCCUUUUGCCAAAAACCUGCAAAGUUGCCUCUGGUGGGCCGUAAGCCUUUCCUGGCAGCAUGGAACGCCCCGCUGGACAUGUGCACGCUGAAGUACAAAGUCAACGUCAGUCUUGAUCUCUUCCACAUCAGCGGAAGUCCACGAGCAGUCCACACGGGUCAGAAUGUCACCAUCUUCUACGCCAACCGUCUGGGCUACUACCCUUUCUACAACGAGGAGGGGGUACCCAUCAACGGAGGCCUACCUCAAAACAGCAGUCUCAAAGAGCACCUUCACAAAGCCAGAAAAGACAUAGCGCACUUUAUACCCUCCGAAGACUUCCGUGGCCUGGCUGUAAUCGAUUGGGAGUACUGGAGACCGCAGUGGAGUCGAAACUGGCAAAAGAAGGACAUUUACCGCCAGCGUUCCCGCGAGCUGAUCGAGCGGGCCUACGUUAACGUAACGCUAGAGCAGGUGGAGGAGCUUGCACAAUUGCGGUUCGAGAAGACUGCCAAGGAGUUAAUGCGGCGCACGCUGCAGCUCGGCACGCAAACCCGUCCGAAUGGCCUCUGGGGUUUCUACCUGUACCCCGACUGCCACAAUUACAACGUGCACGCACAUGACUACAACGGCACGUGCCCUCAGCAGGAGAGAGUUCGGAACGACGAGCUGUUUUGGCUGUGGAACAGCAGCACUGCCCUUUUUCCGGCACUGGCUAUACGUAAGGGCCACACGGACAGCAUUCACAACCUGCACUUCUCGAAAAAUAGAGUGCUGGAGUCGCUGAGGCUGGCCUCCCUUACCUCACUGCCUUAUGACCUGCCUACAUAUGUAUACACACGGCUGGGCUACAGGGAUGAUGCCAUGGCAUUUCUGACCCAGAAGGAUUUGAUACAAACAAUAGGAGAAAGUGCUGCUCUGGGUGCAGCAGGUUUCGUCAUUUGGGGGGAUCUCAACCUCACGUCCUCAAGGCACAACUGUUCCAAAGUCAAGGCGUUUCUAAACCACAGACUGGGACAGUACAUCACUAACGUUACCCGGGCAGCCGAAGUCUGUAGCGACUCCUUGUGUCAGUCCAACGGACGCUGUGUCCGCCGAGACCCUGAGGAACCACACUACCUACACCUGAGCCAAUCCAGCUACCGCAUCCACUCCAACAGGAACGGCACGUUCAGAGUGACCGGAUAUCACUCUCAGCAAGAGCUCCACCUGCUGACCGAGAGGUUCCGCUGUCACUGUUACCAGGGGUACCGGGGUGACCGCUGCGACAGCAUAGAGUCAGAGGAGAAGGAAGAAGACAAUAUGAUCAAAGAGAAUGUGGAGGAGGUGAGGGAGGAGGAACACGAAGAUACGAGCGAUGCAGCGGUGCAUUUAGAAAAAGCCCUCAUUCUGACUCUUCUGCUCAUCUUCUUAAACUUUGUUUGUAUUCAAGAGUGAAACACGUCAUUUAUGUGCCACUGGCAUCCUUAUAAUCGAUAGCCACAACCCAAAACCAUACUUUUGGUAUGUAGCAAGUGUUUCGGUGAAAGGACGCUUAAAGAAAAGUUUUAAACAUUUUACACUUCAACUUCGCCAAAAAAACAAUAUUUCUACAUUACAAAGACGAUUCCCGUAAAAAAAACAAUUCGGUCAAUAUUAACACAUGAACGCUCCCUUUAAACUGAAAUAGCAGAACAAUACAAAUAGAAUAUGUCACACGUCACCUGUGAGGAAAUGUAGCCAUAGAGCCUGAAGAUGGAACAUUUAUUUUUGUGAUUUUGCAUUUUUUAAGAUUGUUACAGUGGUGCUGAAUGGUGAUGUAGAGACGCAAGCCUUUGCACAAACUUUAUUCUAAGUAGAUAUGUAGAAUGACUGUUCUGAACUUUAGUUUUUCAUUAUAUGCUCUUUGAUCUGAACUGAAUUCUGGGUUAUUUGUUCAUGUCUGUUUGCCCCGAAAAGGUUUACACAUACUGUUUUGACAAAGCACUGAAACCAAAAUGCUUUUCUUGACUUUUCUGAACAAGACCUAGAAUGUUCCCCUUUUCCUUUGCUAAUCACAGUUAAUCUUGCAAAAAAUGACUAGUGCAGGAUGAUGUCAUCAAUAUUUUUGUUCCCUUUUCCUAAAAUAUUUACUGUAAAAAACCUGCUUAACAUACUACUCUAGUAAACUAGCAUAGCUAAAAAAUGUUUGCUUUCAAAUUAUAAUACUUGCUGUAAGAGCACUUCAUAGUCAGAGAGCAUGAAGUAUUCAAUGCAAUACACACUGAAUAUGUGUGAUCGGUAUAAUUCGAACAUCAUGCUUCCCAAUACAAUCAAAACUUUUAAAGCUAGACAAAAGUUUGAUCUGUCAACAUAGACACUAUAGCAUUUAGCGAAGCCUAAAAUAUACUGUAUAUAAUCAACUCGUGCUAGUGGUGCCUUAACCCUCAUCCUUCUGUCUAUAAUAAUAAUAAUAAUAAUAAUAAUAAUAAUAGUUUAAUAUGCCUCAAAUUAUGCAAUCAUUUUGAGAAACAGACAAGCGCUUGAAUGUUUGUUGUAGUUCUAUUUGAAGCUUGUAGUGCGGCCCACAGCAAAAUAAUAUUGAAUCCUGCUCAUCAUAACUUAAAAAAAAUUCAAAGAUGUGGUUGUUUUCUGUCUAUGUAACUUGAAAGCUUUACAAAUACAGUACAAACACAUGAACUGAACUCUUUCACCCUAUUUGGAGCUUUAAUAUUGCACAAUACAAUCAAUUCAUGUACUUGUUAUAGCGGACAUAACCAGAGUUUAAGCUAUUAUAGGAAUUGCACAAAUUGUUAAUCUUUUCCCAAAAUAUUCCCAAAUUGUUUAUUAAGACAAAAAAGAUUGAAGAUGUUUGUGUUUACACAUUUGCAUUUGCAAGAAAUGCUACAGAAUGCUGCGGUGUGAAAACUAAUAAUGAUUGUAUUUUUUAACUGUUCUUUAUGAAGCAAGCCAGAAUCAUUGAUACUGGAAAUAUACAGUAGGACGGAAUACCUCAAUGGUUUGAGCAAAUCUGCAAAUUGUUACAAGUUGCAAAACAUGUCCACCAAAUAUUUUGUAUCUCCAGUUUUAGGUUCAAGGAUAAUUGCACAAUGUUUAUUACUAUUUUCAGAUAGAUGUGUCUUCUUUACUCAAUAAUGCAUUAAAGUUUUUUAUGAAAUGUGCAUUGUGUGCAUUGCAAUAUCGUAGCAUUUAGACAGUAGUUUGAGGCAGUAUACAAUCAGAGCCUGCAAUGUUUGACGUGAUUACCUCAGUGCUAUACUUUGUGAGUCUCCAAAUGUUUUCACAUAUUUUUCAUUCAUCUCAAAAACAUGCAAUUAUAUGCAUUGUGUAACAAAUUACUUGACUUUUUUACAUUAACCAAAUAUUCAAUGAAGACAAUGCAAUGUGCAACAAAUGUUGCUUGACUUAUGCACUGCAAAUAAAGGAUUGUAACCAGUA